AUGCUCAAAUCCAACAGAAUACCACCAGUAUCAAAGAAGAAAAGGGAGAAGAGGAGGAAGAAGAAAAACAGUGGGAAACCUGCCCCACAUAACCCAACACUUAGUGGCCCUGUUGGUAAAAGGGCAUUUACUGAUGUCUUUUGCUGCAUUAUUUUCAUUGCUGCUGUGGUUGGCUAUAUAAUCAUUGGAGGGACAGCUUGGCUUCACGGAAACCCCCUAUACAUCAUCUAUGAGCAGAACUCUGCUGGAGGGUUCUGUGGAAUCGGCCCUAACAUUGACAAACCCAGUGUGUUUUAUUUCGACGUGCUGAAGUGUGCCUCAGCAGUCAAUUUAACAACGACAUUCAAAGGCCCUCAGUGUCCAACAACUCAAGUGUGCGUGAAGCAGUGCCCUUCUGCAUUUUGGUUUUUGCCCCCUAAUGCAUUCUCUGCAGGGGCAAAACCAACUGACUUCUUCCAGCAGGAGUUCUGUGACCCCAGUUUGGACCUUGCCCAGACCACAUUUACGGUGCAAGAGAUCCUGGAUAAAGAGCUGUGCCCGGCAUAUUAUACACCAAGCAAACCAGUUAAGGGAAAAUGUCUGCCCAGUUUCGAUCCAGAUAGUGUUCCAUCAGACUUCACUGUCCCUGGAUCAACUGUGGUUAAAACUAUAGUAAAAAACAUAAUGGACGCUACAAGCGCUCUCGGCUCAAGGUUUAAUGCUAAGUCAAUGAAAGUCGGGCUCAUCGAGGACCUCUUCUUUUCAUGGCAUUGGAUGUUAACAGGUCUGGUGAUUGCGCUGGUGGUCAGUAUGGUUCUGCUCCUGCUGUUGCGAUACUGUGUGUCUGUGGUGAUCGCACUUUCCAUCACUGGUGUUCUGACAGUAGGAACAUAUGGCAUUUUCCAGUCUUACCAGAAGUACCAGAAAAACACUGAUGCACAGCUCCCACUUGGUGACCAUGUCUUGCUGGCUUGCUUGGUGGCUGUGGGCCUCCUGGAGUUUCUUCUGGUCAUCAUUUUCUUAUCCUGUUUAGCAAAAGGACUCAACAAGGCUUUGGCACUGAUGAGGGAGUGCAGCAAGGCGACGGGUGUGAUGUUGUCUACAUUGACAUACCCGUUGGUCACAUUUCUGCUGGUUACACUCUGUGUUUCCUUCACCGUAGUCACUAGCGUAAAUCUGGCAACUUCUGGAUUGCCAGUAUACAACAAAGUGGCCUUGCACUCAUCAAAUGCUGAUUGUAAUGCCAUCACAGGCAAAGAAAAAUGUGACCCAGAGACUUUCAAGGCAUCAGACUACCCCAAGUGUCCUGUGCGUUGUGUUCUUGUUCAAUAUGAUGAUAAAGGCGGGGUUUUCCAGGGACAUGUUAUAUACCUGCAGAUUUGUAUCUAUCUGGUGUGUUUGUGGUGUCUUCAUUUCAUCAACACACUGGGCCAGUGCACACUAGCAAAGACCUUUGGCACCUACUACUGGUCUUUGAAUAACCCUCAGAAUAUCCCCCGAUCUACCGUAUCCAGAGCGUUUUUCAACAUGAUAAGGUAUCAUACUGGCUCCAUGGCGCUUGGUGCCGUCUUCCUCACCAUGUUCCAGGUCAUCCGGGUUGUUCAGGAAUAUCUUGAAGAUUUGAGAAAUGGUAACAAUAUAUUUAAAGACAAACUUUGCUGCCUAUGCUACAUUCUAAAAAUGCCGCUAAAAUUCUGCUUCUUCACCUGGGAUAAAUUCUUCAAGUACUUUAACCGGAACGCAUACGUAAUGAUUGCAAUUUACGGAGACAAUUACUUCUUGUCGGCUAAGAACGCUUGCAUACUGUGGGCGAAGAACAAGGACAAGGUGGUGGAAGUGGCAUGGGUUACGGAUUUGGUGCUGUUUUUCGGGAGACUGCUGGUGGUUGUAGCGAUAAGUAUCUUGGCAUUCUGUUUCUUCAAUGGAGAUAUAAAAGUGUCAGCUGACAUUUUCCAGGCCGAGUUGAUGAACUAUGUCUGGCUUCCGAUUAUUGUGCUGAUGGUGGGAUCAUACUUCAUUGCUCAUGGCUGCUUCAGUGUGUACAACAUGGGUGUGGACACAAUCAUCCUCUGCACCAUGGAUGAUCUGGAGCGCAAUGAUGGGACACUGCAGAGACCCUACAGGUCAAGGAGCAUGAUUAAGAUCCUACAACAGCAGGGCGACUAUGGUAUUUAACAAUUAUUUGGC